AUGGAUUUCGCAAGAAGUUUAGAUCACCAACUUCCUGCGUUCGACGAUUCGAAGGAUAAUAUUGACGCUUACAUCCAACGUUUUGAGAUUUAUGCGACAUCACAGAAAUGGCGUAGGGAUAACUGGGGAGCUCAUCUUAGUGCCUUACUCAAAGGAAAAGCUCUGGAUGUGUUUUCAAGACUUCCUCCAGAAUCUGCUUUAGAUUUCGAUGAACUGAAAAAGGCUCUUCUUAAACGUUUUGAUAUGACGGAAGAUGGAUUUCGCAAGAAGUUUAGAUCAUCAAAGCCGGACGGAAGUGAAACUUUUAUGCAAUUCUCUGUGAGAUUGGACAGUUACCUUGAACGAUGGAUUGAACUUUCAAAGACAACAAAAACAUAUGAAGGACUUAAGGAUUUAUUCUUAAGGGAACAAUUUACAUUGUGUUGUUCGAAGGAGCUGGCUUUAUUCUUGAAAGAGAGAAUUCCUCCAAGCAUUCAGGAGAUGGCGCAUUACGCGGAUCAGUUUGCAGAGGCCAGAAACAUUACAUCUUCGUCCAUUACACAAAGACCCUCAUUCGACAGGAAACUUCAACCUGAUAAACAAUUUCAUUCUAUGGACAGAGUGGCUCAAACGAAAUCCAAUUCAGGAGCAAAGUGUUACAUAUGUGGGAAAGUCGGACAUAAAUCCUUUGACUGUGUUCAUCGGAAGUUUUCAUCUAACAAGGUAUCUAGUGCUACUGAGAAACAAGAGACUGUUCCAAAACAAUAUCAGUUCAAUGAUCCGAAGAGUGGUACUUUCAACAGCUUUCGUGGACGCAAUUUUGGAUACUCUGGACGUGGUAGAGGACGCCAAGAUACAUCUGCUGUGCACAGAGAGGAAACAUUACCUUGUGUUGGUGACUCAGUAGCAAUUAGUGAAAUGGUGAUGCCAGUUGUGAAAGGUUGUGUGGGUGACAAAUUGGUAACUGUACUACGAGAUACUGGAUGUAGUGGUGUUGUGAUAAGGAAGGACUUGGUAGAAAAGGACCAACUUACAGGCAAAACACAAAAGUGCAAGUUAGCUGAUGGAAGUGUGAUAGAAGCCGAGGUCGCAGCAGUUCAAGUGGAUACGCCGUACUUUACAGGAAAUGUUGACGCUUGGUGUUUUGACUGUCCAUCAUAUGAUCUUAUUCUUGGAAAUAUUCAAGGAGUUAGGAAACCCCAUGAACCAAAUAUGGCAUGGAUACAUUCACCAGGAGGCACAUCAGCAGUUGAAACUCGUGGUCAGCUAAAAAAGAAACAGUCGACAUACAAACCUUUGAAAGUACCAAGUGCCAUACAGGAUGUAUCACCCGAGGACUUACAAAAGGAACAAAGGGACGAUAAGACACUGAAAAAACUGAGGGACACGGCGGAAAAGGGAAUAGUGAAGCAAUUCAGUGAUGGAGGUUCUUCAAAAAUUUACUUCAGAAAACAACUGUUAUACAGAGAGUUCAGCAGUCCAAGAGUUUCUAAUGGAAAAGUUUUUCGACAACUCAUCAUACCAAAACAGUAUCGAGACAUGGUAAUGAAGCUGGCACAUGAAUCGAUAAUGGCAGGACAUCUGGGAGUGAGGAAAACAACAGACAGAAUCAUGGCAGAAUUUUACUGGCCAGGGAUCCAAGCAGAUAUCAGGAGAUUCUGUAAAUCGUGUGAUGUGUGUCAAAGAACUAUAUCCAAAGGCAAAGUUCCUGCAGUGCCGCUAGGACACAUGCCACUUAUCACAGUUCCGUUUCAACGAGUGGCAGUUGAUAUCGUAGGACCCCUCCAACCGAUUACUGAUAAGGGUAAUCGAUACAUUCUUACAGUGGUUGAUUAUGCAACUCGAUAUCCGGAGGCGAUCGCACUUCCCGGAAUAGAAACUGAGCGUGUAGCAGAAGCACUGGUUGACAUCUUUAGUAGAGUGGGCGUUCCUACUGAGAUGCUAUCGGAUCAAGGGACUCAGUUUACAUCCGAUGUGAUGAAGGAAGUGAGUCGACUUUUGUCUUUCAAGCGAAUAACGACUACCCCAUACCAUCCAAUGUGCAAUGGGCUCGUGGAGAAGUUUAAUGGAACACUAAAACAGAUGCUCAAGAGGAUGUGCGCAGAAAGACCCAGGGACUGGGAUAAAUAUCUGAAUCCAUUACUGUUCGCAUAUCGUGAAGUACCGCAAGAGAGUCUUGGGUUUUCUCCAUUUGAUCUUUUGUAUGCACAUUCUGUUCGAGGACCAAUGAUGAUUCUGAAGGAGUUAUUGACCAAAGAGAUCCCAGAUGAAGAAGUCAAAACAACAUAUCAGUAUGUUCUUGAUUUAAGACAAAGACUUGAAGAAACGUGCAAGAUCGCCCAUGAACAUCUUGAAAAUGCAAGGAAACGUCAGAGAAAAUAUUAUAACAAGAAGACAAGUAAUCGGCAGAUGAAAGAAGGAGAUAGAGUGUUAGUCCUGCUCCCGACUAAAUCGAAUAAACUUCUCAUGCAGUGGAAGGGACCUUACAGUAUCACAAGAAAGAUAGGACCUAUGGACUACACGGUUGACUUGGGAGGCAAGACGAAAACGUACCAUGCAAAUUUGCUGAAAAAGUAUGUCGAGAGAGAUGAACCGAAAGUGGAAGCUUUAUCAGCAUGCGCAGUUUCUCUGAUAGACUUCAGUGAUGAAGACAGCAAUGAAACACAGGAUUCAAUUUUGUUACCUUCAAGUGUUCAGACUGAAUCAGUGAAAGACAUUCAUUUUGCCGAACGUUUUACGCCAGAACAGAAACAAACUGUUAAAUCUUUGUGUGAACAAUUUAGUGAAGUUUUCACAGACAUUCCUGGAACUACAAACUUGGUGAAGCAUAAGAUAGAAUUGACGUCGAAGGAGCCAGUGAGGGUAAAACCGUAUUCUAUCCCAUUCAACACAGAAAAUGUAAUCCGAGAAGAAGUAGAGAAGAUGCUACAGAUGAAAGUCAUUGAACAUUCUACUUCCCCCUAUUCUGCACCAGUCGUGAUUGCAAGGAAAAAAGACGGGACAAAUCGAUUUUGCAUUGACUUCAGAAAGCUUAACAGCGUCACAGUUUUCGAUGCUGAGCCAAUGCCUAAUCCAGACAGCAUAUUUUCCAAACUAACAGGAAAGAAGUUUAUCUCUAAAAUUGACCUGAGCAAAGGAUAUUGGCAGGUACAAAUGGAAGAGGAUAGCAAACCAUUGACUGCAUUUUCUACACCCGCUGGAUUGUACCAAUUCAGAAAGAUGCCAUUUGGGUUAGUAAACGCCCCAGCGACUUUCAGUAGAUUGAUGCGCAAUCUUCUUCAUGGCAUGGAAAAUGUAGAAAACUUCAUAGAUGACAUCAUGGUGUUUACUGAUACAUUUGCGGAACAUCUAAGCACGCUGAAAAUAUUGUUCACUCGACUGAGGGAUGCAGGCCUUACAGCAAGACCUACCAAAUGUUUCAUUGGAUUUGAGCAGAUUGAUUGUUUGGGCUAUCUCGUAAAUGAUCAACGUUUGAAGCCAGAAGACGACAAGAUUGAAGCAAUCAAGAAUGCUCCAAUACCAGAGACGAAAAAACAAGUUCGUUCUUUUCUAGGCUUAGUCGGAUUUUACAGGAAGUUUAUUCCUAACUUUUCAGCAAUAGCCAUACCAUUGUCUGACCUUACAAAGAAAGGUAAUCCAAAUAGAGUUCAAUGGACAGAAUGCCAUCAAGGAGCGUUCGAUUCUUUGAAACAGUUGUUAUGUUCCAGACCUAUUCUGAAGCUACCUGACAUGCAGAAACCGUUUAUUCUACGUACUGAUGCUGCAGACGAGGGAAUAGGCGCAGUCUUACUUCAGAUGGAAGGUGAUGAAAAAUUCCCCGUGGCAUACGCUAGCAGAAAACUACAGAAGAGGGAGAAGUCGUACGCCGUUAUUGAAAAAGAGUGUUUGGCAGUGGUCUGGGGAAUCCAGAAAUUUCAUCAGUAUUUGUAUGGAAAAGACUUUGUGCUAGAAACCGACCAUCAACCUUUGAUGUACAUGAACAAGGCAAAGACAGAAAAUUCAAGAUUGAUGCGUUGGGCAUUACAGCUACAGCCAUACCAUUUCAGAAUCGUAGCAAUAAAGGGAAGUGAGAACGUGGGAGCAGACUAUCUAAGUCGGCAGUAG